AUGCCGCACACAAAUCGCAAGAAGAAUCCCCAGAAUGCAAAUUCUAAACCAAGAAUCGUCCAUACGAAGAGACAGCAGAUAGAGGAUGGAGACGGAUGGACACAUGUCGUUGAUACCCCGCGUCGCUCGGCUCUGACGAAAAAGGAGGGACGGUUGCACGCCGGUGAUUUUGAGAAGAAUGGGGUCAGCUACAUCAACCAGACUCUGGAGGAGACGCGCAAGGAUUUCGAAUACUACACGAAGCAGUGGGAGACAAUGGAAGCUUGUGAAGCUUUGAAGGACAAGUUGGUGGAGGUGGAGGGGCGCAGGAAGGCGGACAAUGUGGUAGUCCUUGGGCUGGGGAGUCUGCAGAAUGCCAGGAGAGAGGGCAGGAGGGCUAGCUAUACGCAACUGGCAGCUUUGCGUACGGCCGUCGCCACAUUAGGAGGCAACCCUGGGUGUAUUUUUCAAGAUCCUCAAUUCACAGAUCUCGAUCGGGAAUUCCUUACUUCUCUCGGAUACACCGUGGUGGAAGACCCAGAAGCGUUUGGCAAGAUAACGGAGAGUAGCUUAGUGUAUGCUAUACAUUGCUACGCGGAUGUGUACAAGACUGUCAGCGAUGCACCAAGGCCUGCAAUUCUCAUCGGAACGGAUGUUGCUAAUUUUGGGAAAUUUAAUCUGUCAGAGACGACGGAUAUAGUUGCGAAAAGUUUGGAAGAGAUGGUCCAGGAUUGUGACGAGAUCGACUUUCCGCAGGUUCGACAUGAUUUCUCGGAUACCAAGAUAUAUUGGAGGAAGGUAUCGGAGGCUGCCAAGCCUUGA